GAAGGUGAAGGGCAUUAACUCUUUUAUCAUCAUAUGGUCGAGAUUAAUAAGGCCUACAGGCCAAUAAUAGGGCCGUCAGCUCACUUACAAUACCAAACCAACAGCUAAAAUGUGUGCACUUCAGGGAGGUUUAAGGCCACCGAGAGACAAUGCUUCAUCUUCAGUUGAUUAUCAACCUGUUCGACAAUCAAGUGAGAGCAACAUGGAACUUUCAACUGAUAAUAAAUCAAAAAAAGAAGUUUCAUCAAAAUCAAGAAAUUGUAGCACAAGUCAUGAGGAUGUAACAUGUAGUUACGAACCUUCCAGGCCCUAUGUAGAACGAAGAAUGUCUUUGCCACAAGUUUUUCCUUUAGCUAAACAUAGUCCUAUUUGCUCAUUGUCAAAUUCCUGCAUAGGAUCUAGAAGAAAAGUUAAAAUUGAGGAGAUUGCUCCGUGUUCGACAACAAUAAUAGAUGAAGAAGCAACUUGGAGACCAUGCCUUCAAACCUUUUCUUCUAAAAAACAAGAAAUCAAUAAGUCAUUGUCUAAAAAUGUCCGACGCUACUAUAAAGAACAAAAUGAGUUGAUACGUUGUUUCGAAGAGAUGCACUUAGAAGUAGAUGAUGCUAUGGAAAAUGCAAAGGAAGUUCUAGAUAUGAGGAAGCGGGCGGAUAUUUUAGCCAAAAUAACCUUUGGAAUUAAUUUAUUGCUUUUAAUUGGAAAGGUGGUUGCUUCUUGUUUGUCCGGUUCUCUAUCUGUUGUUUCGUCAGCAAUAGACUCAGCUGUUGAUCUAGCAAGUGGUGCCCUCAUGUGGUGGAGCUCGAGAGUUAUGAAAAAAAGAGAUAUAUAUUCUUAUCCUGGAGGAAGAACAAAACUAGAACCUAUUGCUAUUGUCAUUUUAUCAGUUGUAAUGGCUUUAGCAUCUGUUCAAAUGAUUAGAGAAUCCAUAGAAAAAAUUAUUAAUUACGCAACCAAGGAUUCAUCUACCUUAAAUAUCGAUAUAGCAACAAUUAUAAUUUUAGUUUUGACAAUUAUUAUCAAACUGAUUUUAUUUUUAACUUGCCGUCGAGUACCUGUUCCUACAACCCAAGCAUUAGCUGAAGAUCAUCGAAAUGACACGCUUUCAAACUCUGUUGCUCUUAUUUGCGGUUAUAUAGGUUACAAAUGGUGGUCGUAUACGGAUCCAAUUGGUGCCAUACUUAUCAGCUUUUACAUUAUCGUCAGUUGGUCGAUUACUGGCAAUGAGCAAAUUAAAAUGCUGACUGGCCACACUGCCCGACCUGAUAUAAUGAAAAAAAUUACUUGGAUAGCCCUAAAUCACGAUCCGUCAAUUUUAUUAAUAGACACUGUACGAGUGUAUCAUUUUGGUUCGAAUUUUAUUGCUGAGGUCGAUAUCGUUUUACCUGAGGAUAUGACACUUAAAGAAUCACAUGACAUAGGAGAAUCACUGCAGCACAAGAUUGAAUAUUUGCCGGAGGUAGAGAGAGCCUUUGUUCAUUUGGAUUAUGAGUCAGAGCACGACCCAUUUUCUGAACAUAAGCGCGUAUGA